AUGUAUCGUGAUAAUAAAAUUUCUAAAGCACAAUGUGACAAUAGCUGUUCCUGUUUUACGAUAAGCAGAACAAUGUCGGCCACUGCCCUAUUUGGUAACACUUCUGGUUUAGGGGGAAGUUCGGGGGGUAACAAGCACUUAGUUGAAUUUCGGGCUGGUAGAAUGACAUUAAAAGGUCGUAUGGUGCAUCCUGACAAGAGGAAGGGGCUGCUGUAUGUAUAUCAAGGAGAAGAUUCCCUCAUGCAUUUUUGUUGGAAAGAUCGCACUACGGGCGAAGUAGAAGAUGAUCUUCUUAUUUUUCCUGAUGAUUGUGAAUUUGUACGAGUCAAUGAGUGCACUACAGGCAGAGUCUAUGUGCUUAAAUUUAAAUCUUUUGCUAAGAAAUACUUCUUCUGGAUGCAGGAGCCAAAGACUGAGAAAGAUGAUGAAUUAUGUAGACGCAUAAAUGAGGCUUUGAAUAACCCACCUACAUCUGGGGGAAGAGGUGGAGCGGGUAGUGGUGCUCAGGACGGGGAGCUUCAAAACUUGCUCAACAAUAUGUCUCAGCAGCAGCUCAUGCAGUUAUUUGGAGGCGUUGGUCAAAUAGGCGGAUUGUCUUCACUGCUGGGAACAAUGGGGAACAGUAGUAGCAGCAACAGCGGCAGUGGUAAUACAAGCAGCCGCCCAUCUGCUGGGAGCAAUAAUAGUUCUAGAGGUGGAAGUACGCCCCGGACUCCCGCUAACACAGUUGAGCCAGCUGUACCCAGGGCACCUGCCCGCACCAGAGAAAUACCCACUACCAGGGAGGUAUCUACUCCCACGGCUACGCCCCCUAACACUGCGACGGCUGCUCAAUCUAGAAGUGGUCAAAUAUUUCUAUCGGACCUCCAACGCUACUUCUCAGCGUUGGGGAAUGCUCCUGAAGGAGAAGGCGCAUCGGCGGGCGCUGCGGCACCUCGCGUGGAUCUCGCGUCGGCCUUGAGCGCUCCCGAGGUGAUAACUGCCGCGAGCGAGCCGGGCAACGCUCAGCGCCUCGCGCCCCACAUGCCGGAGACCGAUCCACAGGACGAUGUAAGGACCACCCUGCUCUCACCGCAGUUCGCUCAGGCCGCAAAUGAGUUUUCAUCGGCGCUUUCUUCAGGGCAAAUCGGACCAGUAGUGUCCCAGUUUGGUUUACCCCCAGAAGUGACAUCUGCAGCAAACACUGGAGACAUGCAGGCCUUUUUCAAGGCACUCGAGUCCAAUUCUAACUCCGAUAGCAACAAGAGCAAGGAGGACGAGAAAAAGAAGGAUAAACCUCAAGACAAGAACGACAAAAAAGAUGGCGACGCUGGAAUGUCCCUCGACUAA